AUGCCUGUCAUCAUUUCUUCAGUUUCUGCUGGACUGGCAGUGAGGUUGUCAUCCUCUGCGGAACGAUUCCACGGCUGGUUUGCUGGGAUGCGUGGUUCUCAUUCCUCUGCCUACUCCUCUGCAUUUGGUAGAGAGUUUCAACGGACAUCUUAUUUGAAGUUGCGAAAAGACAUCUUGAAGAGACUGCUAAGUGAGAUUCAACAUCAACAUGAUCUCGAUAUUUCUCUAUCUCCACUUUUGAGCACUUGUAGUCCAGUCCAGCCAUCGAGGUCUUUUGAAAUAUGUCUACAACAAAUCUAUGGAAUGAUUGCUAACGUGGCAGACAACCAGCAAACCUAUCAGAGCACAACUGAUGAUGUAACGCCAAAUUACUUUCCAUGA